GUCAAAUUUUGAGGCCUAUAGGGCAUGAAAAAAAAAAAAAAUUUAGGCCGAGUUUCAGACGACAAUCUGCUUCGUUUCAAUCCUAUAUUUUAUUCUCCGAAAAAAUAUCUGCUUCGACAAUUCGCAGGGCGCAGCCUCCGCUAUCGUCUCAGGUGACAAGUUCUACCUCCUCAACCCUAGCCGCGAUCUCCUCAACCGGCCACCGCAAGCUCCUCCACCGGCCACAACAAGCUCAUCCACCGGUGACAAGAAGGUCCUUCACUGCGAACUCCUCCAGGAGAUAUGAAAAUUAUGAGGGGUGUGUUGCAGUCUGUUAAUGCUGGCUUGUUAAACCAACUUCAGUGUCCUCGAGUGGUCAGAGCUUUUUCCACAAAUCCAGCAUCAGGUACCGGUGACAGCCAAAGUAGUGACGUAUUUGAGUCAGUUGAUGAUUUUGAAGAUCGGAUUUUCAGUGAUAAGUCUGGGAGUGCUCCAAAAUCUAGUUCUUUUUUCCAAAAGCUUGGUAGGAUUGAAGAGGCUUAUGAUAGAGGUUUUGGUUCUAAUGUCAAUGCUAGAAAUAAAUCUGAGUUUAUGGAUGGUUUGAAUGAGAGUUUCAAUACGUUGUCUGAUGGGAUGGAUGGGAAGCUGAAGAAAGCAGCUACAUAUUUUGAAAUCGAUCCUGAGGAAAUAAUGAAAGAUGACUAUAAGUUCAGACCAGAUAUGACUUUUUUGCCUGGUUCAACUUAUGAACUCAAGGAUCUUGACCUUAGAAAACCAGGCGUACGUAAAUUUAAUCGAAAGGAGUUUGAGGUGACGACAGAGGAAGUUCUGAGAAAAGCUGAUUUCAGGAAUGUGAGAUUCCUUGCCAAUUUUAUAACAGAGUCUGGAGUUAUAAUCAAGAGGAACAAGACUAAAAUUAGUGCCAAAGCUCAAAGGAGGGUUGCUAGGGAGAUUAAGACAGCCCGAGCAUUUGGUUUAAUGCCUUUCACCUCGAUGGGAACAAAGCAUUUUGCUUUUGGCAAAACAAUGGAGGAUGUUGAUGAGGAUCAUGGAUAUCAAAGUUACUAUAGCCGCAAUUUUGUUGUUGAAGGAAACGGGGAUCCUGUUGAAGCUUAGAAACCAGUGCCGGUCUGUUUUGGCUCCCUAUUUUCUUGUUGAAAUAAGUUUUGUUGGCAAGACAAAUAGAAUGGCAUACCAACUUUACUUCAGAUAUGCGGGCAUGCUUUUGUACCAUGUGGUGUUGGUUUUAGCCGGGUUUUUGCUUAAUGCUUAAAUUCCAUGUCCAGUGUUCUCCAAAUCUUUGAAAUGGGUUUGGAUUAUUAUGAAUAAGAAGUACAUCUGUAUUUUGCUCGUUGCAGGGCAUUUACGCGUUAUUUC